AAUGACAGGGACUUUCUUGCACAGAUCAUCGGACCAUGUUUUUGUACUGGUCUUACUUUUAAGGGACCAUUGUUAUUAGCUAAAUACAUAGCUAGCUAAACAAGUAAAUUGCUGAGGAUGCCUGGCUCAGAAAUUAAUCUUUCAAAUGCUGAUUUGGGAGAAUUUGACUCAGAAAGUCUCCCUUCAAACUCCGGUUUGGGAGACUUGCCAUGGCUUUGCAUGGUUACGCUGUUCAUUGCCUCCAUCAUUACAUUGAUACUGUAUCUAGUACAGUAUUUUUACAGCGAUCUACGGAUACAGAUGCCUGAGCAAAACAAUGCUGGUUCUGGGGAAGCGGACGUUCUGUUGGGAUGGGCACUUUCACUGAACAGUUGGAAAAGUCAAUGGAGAGGGGCUUGGUGCAGAGCUUUGAAUGACGAAUCGACGAAGUCUGGGUGCCCAGUGCAACUAAUAUUAGAAGAGGACGGCCUCGAGUCAUCAGAACUGGUGGUUGGCCAAGUGUCCAGCUUCAAGAAGUCUGCUAGUCAGAAGGCUGCACGAUGCAAGGUGGUCGGGGACAAGCUUCAGUUCUCCCUCAGUGCUUCACCAUCAGCCAUGUCUCCAGGAGAUCCCUGUAGGUACAGCGUAAAGAUAUCUCCACUUGAACUGCAGUUGGACUUGCAGAUGAGGGAGGCUGAAGGGCAGGUCCAGGUGGUCUGGGGGGUGUGCCAUCUCGAGACUUGGGACCUGCAGCUCAGCCCCAGCUUCACACAGGACCAUGCCACAGGCCCCGGUGUGGCUGCAGUAAAGGACAGGCUGAGACAGCUGCUGUGUGCGGUGCGUCCCUCCAUUAUGCUGAGUUGCAGGCCUGCUCAGGCCACAGAGGUCAAGGAGGCCCGUAACGAGGUGACAUCACCGCCCAAGCCCCCCCGCGCUCACGACUGGAAGCUCCUGGUAAAGAAUAUCCGGGUAACGUGUAAGGAGCAGGAGGAUGGUGCUGCAGGCAGUCUGAAUCCCCUGUGUGUGCUGCAGCUAGAUGACCCUCCACAGAAACUCUCCACUUCAGUCCUACAGAACACAGCCAGUCCAGCCUGGGACCAGCCCUUUAUCUUUGAGCUGAAUGGACGAUCAAAAGAGCUGAAAAUUCAGCUGCUUGAUGAUGGGAAACCGCAGGAGAACUCCUUACUGGGUCAAGUGUCUGUGCCUUUUGAUCUGGUGAAGAAGCAGCCCAAAGGACAGCAAACAUUUACACUCAUGACCAAAGAUCAAGUGACAGGGUCACUUACUGCGGAGCUGACCUACCUGAAACCCAGUGAGGUGCGGUCGUGGCAGUCCCCUACUCCAGCCCCCACUAAGAGAGUGGAGAUGGACCGCACGGUCAUGCCCUGCGGUACUGUGGUCACCACAAUCACUGCAGUGAAGAGUAAACCAGGUCGACCACUACUGCCUGGACUAAAUAUAACCCAGCAGACCCCCUCCAAUCCUCCCAGCGGCACCAAGUCCAAGGUGUCAGGACGAAGGGUGUCGGGGCAGCCGUCCGUGCUGGGGAUCAUGGGGAGCAAGGCCUUGUCCUCCUCCGACACAGAACUACUCAUGCUCAACGGGACCGACCCCGUGGCCGAGGCUGCCAUCCGCCAACUCCACGAGUCCGCCAAGCAGAAGCUCAAGUCCCCGGUCAAGAAGAGCACCAUCAUCAUCUCAGGAGUGACCAAGACUCCUCUCUCUCAGGAUGAUGAGAUGGCUCUGAUGGCGGGCUAUGCUGCUGCGAUGGAUGCCUCUAUGUCGGAGGGGGGAUCUCAGGAGAUCGCUGUGGCAACUGCAUCAGUAGUAAAAGCCAGUAGCAAACCCCUGGAGGUGUCGUCAGACCCCCAGGAGGGCCCCAGUGGAGUGGCCCAGGCUCAAGCCCAGCAGGCCCCGGAGGACUUGGAGUGCCAAGCAGGACAGGGCACAGACCAAGAUCCAGACAAAACCUCCAUGUCACUAUGCAUCUCAGAGUCUGGAUCCAAAAAGAGCAGAGAGGAAACUAAUCAGAAAUGAUUUCCAGAAGAGUAAGUCACCUCCCGAACAGCUGUUAGUAGCUUGACUAGAUUAGAAUGCUAUCCAUCUGUGACAUUCACAUUUGCUUUCAGAUGGUAUAACAUCCAUUCAGUUUUAGGCUGGAGCAGUGCCUAGUUUGGUUGUAAGGAGCAGUUAUAGGCGCAUUCUGUCAUGGUUGGUUCUAUUUUUCAAGUCCAGAUUUAUUAGUUAAUCCACUUUCUCUUUUUGACCUUGUCUUUGUCCGUGUUUGAUUGUCCUUGUUUUCAGCUUGUCUUUGUCCUUGUUCAAUGGUGUUUGUGUGUGUUUGUUGUUUACCAACUUACCCUAAUUUACUCCCAUUCAUCAAUAUGUGGUUUGCAUAAAGGUGUGGUUCACCUUUCUACUCCUCCCAAGAUAAAAUGAUAGGUAUCUAGAUGUAUCUGGCAAUGUUUUGUAUUGAAGCGUGUGUCAAGUUUCCUAAACUAAGGGUGAACGUUGGCCCACAUAUUCACAGUAUCUCUUGCAUAUAACUUGGCUCCAAUUUAUGAGGUGCAUUGUGCAAACAAGAAUUCAUGUUUUUUCCCCUAUUGUAUUAGUGAAUAUAAACUGGGAUUAUGAGGGUAGAGGACACUAUCUGACAGUUACUGUCAGCUAGAACAGCAGUCCCUGGCCAUCUUCUGAAAACAUUGUAAACAGUAUCUUAAAUAAUACCCCCCCAAAAACAAUUUACAAAAACUUCACCUGCACUUAACCCCCCCUUCUACCUUGAUUGAUAGAAAGUACAUUUGUGAUACGUGGUUGCCUUAAGAUGAAUGCACUAACUGUAAGUCGAGCGUCUGCUAAAUUACUUAAAUGUCAAAUUAAUUAUAUUAAUUUAGGACAACCUCCUC